UUUUCCCUUCUUUUUACAGUACCUCGGCCAUGUAGAAGUUGAUGAGUCGAGAGGCAUGCACAUCUGUGAAGAUGCUGUAAAAAGAUUAAAAGCUGAAAGGAAGUUCUUCAAAGGCUUCUUUGGAAAAACUGGAAAGAAAGCAGUGAAGGCAGUCCUGUGGGUAUCAGCAGAUGGACUCAGAGUUGUGGAUGAAAAAACUAAGGACCUCAUAGUUGACCAAACAAUAGAGAAAGUUUCAUUCUGUGCCCCAGAUAGGAACUUUGAUAGAGCCUUCUCUUACAUAUGUCGGGAUGGCACCACCCGGCGCUGGAUCUGUCACUGCUUCAUGGCUGUCAAGGACACGGGUGAAAGAUUGAGCCAUGCAGUAGGCUGUGCUUUUGCAGCCUGUUUAGAGCGUAAACAGAAGCGGGAGAAGGAAUGUGGAGUGACUGCUACUUUUGAUGCCAGUCGCACCACUUUUACAAGAGAAGGAUCAUUCCGAGUCACAACUGCUACUGAACAAGCAGAAAGGGAGGAGAUCAUGAAACAAAUGCAAGAUGCCAAGAAAGCUGAAACAGAUAAGACAGGUGUUGGCUUACCAGUGGCCCCUGGCAAUACCACGCCAUCCCCAUCCUCCCCCACCUCUCCCACUCCCGAUGCCACUGCCUCUCUGGAGAUGAACAAUCCUCAUGCCAUCCCACGCCGGCACGCACCAAUUGAACAGCUUGCUCGCCAAGGCUCUUUCCGUGGGUUUCCAGCUCUCAGCCAGAAGAUGUCACCCUUUAAACGCCAACUGUCCCUACGCAUCAACGAGUUACCUUCCACUAUGCAGAGGAAAACUGAUUUUCCCAUAAAAAAUGCAGUGCCAGAGGUAGAAGGAGAGGCAGAGAGCAUCAGCUCCCUGUGCUCACAGAUCACCAAUGCCUUCAGCACACCCUCUGAGGAUCCCUUCUCCUCUGCCCCAAUGACCAAACCAGCGACAGUGGUGGCACCACAAUCUCCUGCCUUCCAAGCUAAUGGCACUGACCCAGCCUUCCAUGUGCUUACUGCUAAGCCAGCCCAUACUGCUCUAGCACCCGUAGCAAUGCCUGUACGUGAAACCAACCCUUGGGCCCAUGCCCCUGAUGCUGCUAACAAGGAAAUUGCAGCCACACAUCCGGGAACUGAGUGGGGUCAAUCUUCUGGUGCUGCCUCUCCAGGUCUCUUCCAGGCUGGUCACAGACGUACUCCCUCCGAGGCUGACCGCUGGUUAGAAGAAGUAUCAAAGAGUGUCCGGGCCCAGCAGCCCCAGGCCUCAACUGUCCCUCUGCAGCCAGUUCUCCAGCCUCCUCCACCCACUGCCAUCUCCCAGCCCGCACCGCCUUUCCAAGGGAACACAUUCCUCAGCUCUCAGCCUGUGCCAGUGGGUGUAGUCCCACCCCUGCAGCCAGCCUUUGUCCCUGCCCAGUCCUAUCCUGUGGCCAAUGGGAUGCCCUAUCCAGCCCCUAACAUGCCUGUAGUGGGCAUCACCCCAUCCCAAAUGGUAGCCAACAUGUUUGGCACUGCAGGCCAUCCUCAGGCCACUCACCCCCAUCAGUCACCCAGCCUGGUCAAGCAGCAGACAUUCCCGCAGUAUGAGACAAGCAGUGCCACCGCCAGUCCCUUCUUUAAGCCUCCUGCUCAGCACCUCAACGGUUCUGCAGCUUUCAAUGGUGUAGACGAUGGCAGGUUGGCCUCAGGAGACAAGCACACAGAGGUUCCUGCAGGUGUCUGCCCAGUGGAUCCUUUCGAAGCCCAGUGGGCUGCAUUAGAAAGCAAGUCUAAGCAGCGUACCAAUCCCUCCCCUACCAACCCUUUCUCCAGUGACUUACAGAAGACAUUUGAAAUCGAACUUUAGGCAAUCUCUGUGGUUUAUGUAUCUUGUCUGUACCUAGGCAAGGGCAGAGUGUGGAGAUCAAAGAAGCAAAGGGGACUUUGUUUCCCUGAUCAGUACAUUUUUUUACUAAUCCCAAAGGUCCCAAGGAGCGAGUCUAGGCACAGAGUGCAGUGAGAGAUGAUUUAAAAGAAGUGGGAAAACCAUUCCUAGAGAAGACUAUCUUGCAGCUAGGCUAAAGAACUCCAGGAGAUGUUGCCCUCUGUACCUGCCUCCCUCACCCCCUUAUAAAUCUCUGGUAACAGAGAGGCAGAAGUAUCUGAACAGGAAUCUAUAUUCAAAGCACACUUACUGGAAUAUAAAACACAACAACAGAAAGCAAAAUGAUCUCCCUUCAUUCACCUGCCUCCUCUCAGUACUGGCCUGAUUUAGAGAUAAAGAACAGGUGGGUUGGGCUCAGACUGGGAAAAGAGGCAGGCUGUGCUGCCAGAAUUCUGGGAGUGCACAGCAGCAACUGCCCAGCAGAGCUAUAUUUUGGGGGUAAAGGUGAGCUUCCAUUUUGAGUAACAGAAUAAAUGUUAUAAAUAUAUAUCAAAAAGCCAAAAUCUUUAUUUUUAUGCAUUUAGAAUAUUUUAAAUAGUUCUCAAUAUUAAAAAGUUGUAUGAGUUGUAAGUAAUCUUGCCAAAAGUAAAAGGGUUAGUUGUAAGAAAUUGUACAUAAGAUUGGUUUAUCAUUGAUGCCUAUUGAAGUAAAAAGAGGAAGGGUUGAAAGUUGCAGGCGGGAUCCCUGGCUUGUUUGUAAGCAUUCAUUGUAAGUAGCACAUCACAACAACAAUCAUACUUAUGACCAAUACAGUCACUAGGUUGUAGUUUUAAAUAAAGAAAAUGAAAGAGCAGUAUUGUCCUGGUUUUAAACCUAUCAUGAAAUUCUAAUGUCAUUAUUUUAAUGGAAUCAACCUAAAUACGCUCUAGAGAAUAUGUUAUCUUUUAUAUAUUGUUGCAGUUUCCUUAUGUUAAUCCUUUAUUUUAACACUAAGGUGACAGUGACAUAAUCAUAUCCACAGAAGGAAACACAGGGCCACUGUAUUGGUUUGUAAUGUGGGUUUUGAUUGUUUGCCCUUUAAAUUUUGUUCCCACAUGUUCUGUGAGAAUGGGGAUUCUGGUUUUACUCAUUUUGUGAGCCAUGUCCCCCUCCCCCUAGUGAACAGAACAUCCCAUUGCCAGUCUCAGCCACUUGACCUCGGGUAACAACAUGAGAUCCCAUCUCAUUUUUACUUUUGAACGUUGGCCUUACAAUCAAAUGUAAGUUAUAUAUACAUACAUACAUACAUACAUACAUAUAUAUAUAUAUAUAUAUAUAUUUGUACUGAUGAGAAUUUAUAAUCUGCUUUAACAAAAAUAAAUGUUCGUGGUAGAAGCUUUUGCCCAUAAAGAGCUGUUCUUUCUUUACUUUUCUUUAUCUGCAAGUGAAUUUACUUUUAUUUGUUGGUCUUAAUUCUCUCUGCUACUGCUACUACAGAGUCCUAGUUUUGGUGGCUAGAAAAUCUGUUACCAAGACUAGUAUAUCCUUGUUUGUGUGGAGGGGACCAGGGUUGAACUCAAGGCUUCGCACUUACAAGGCAGGCGCUCUACUGCUUGAACCACAGUCCAUUUUUGCUG